ACAGGUAUUUGAGUGAAAAAAACUUUCUGGCUAUUGCAACACUCGAAUAGCAGUGGAUAGGCAGCGGUUUGGCUUCGCUUUCUUGGCAGCUUCAACGGGGAAUCGACCUCAAAGUCGACACAAAACCUUGGAAGCUGAGUCGAGUGUUGAUAAUUUAACGACUCCGUUCUUGAUUGUUGCUGCUCUCUUGAAGCUGAGUCGAGUGCUGAUUCUACAACGAUUCUACCGUCAAUUGACGAUGCUCCUUUGGCCGGUUAUGUUUUGUUCACCUUCUGUGAACUUGUUGCUGAGACUCCAUAGCUUGAACUUGUCGUGGAGGAGCUUCAUAGGGGAUUACUUUCGAAUGGAAAGUUUAGAGCUAGAUACAUAGGGAUACAAUGAUUUUGUGCUACAUCACUAGACUGUUUGGUUGACUCCAAAUCAGCUGUUGCUCUGUGAGCUAGCUCCUUUUAGGGUUUUAGUUUCUUAAAGCAUGGAAAGAUUUGAGAGAAAGUUUUGAUGUACUAGAACUAGAUCUAUGUCUCUGCCUAUCUAUGUAUCACUCCAAGAUUGCUCUCCUAGUUGGAUGAGCAAUGAUUGCCCUGAUUACUACGAGCUAUAGCUCUUAUGCAAUACAUUUCUUUCAUCAACUUUCUC